AUGAUUGAAUCUAAAAUAAAUGACUGGGAUCCACGAUUAGGUGAUGAAGCACGUGCUUAUACUUCGUUUAUAUCACAAAAUUUUCCAGCACCGAAAAAUUUGACAUUACAAGCAAUGCGUGAACGAAGUGAAAAUGUACAUGCAAAAGUAAAUGAAAAACUUAUUGGUACAUUUAAAGGCAUAGAAGAAGAAAGAAAAAUAAAAAUAGAUGAAAAUAUAGACAUACCAAUUACAAUUUAUACACCAGCUAAUGUUACAAAAGAUAAAAUGGUCAUAUAUUUUCAUGGUGGAGGUUGGACGAUAGCUAGUCGAAAAACACAUCAAACUAUUGUUAAUAUGCUUGCUGAUGCAACAAAAUCUAUAUGGAUUUCAGUUGCAUAUCGUCUUUCACCUGAACAUAAAUUUCCUAUUUGGCUUGAUGAUGGAUGUGAAGUCACUCGACAAAUUCUUGCUAAUAAAACUGCUUAUGGUGCUGAUGAAAAUACAAAAAUUGGUGUUGCAGGUGAUAGUGCUGGUGGUUUAAUUGCUGCAUCAGUUUGUCAUACAAUAAAAAAUCUUGAUUUUCAAAUUCUUGUUUAUGGUGCAUUUGAUUUUGCCGAUGGAACAGAAUCACAUAAAGAAUUUACUAGUUCAGAACAUAUUUUAACACCUGCAGUACUUUCUUGGUUUAAUUCAAAUGCAUUACGUAAUGAAAAUGAUAAGAAAGAUCCUCGAGCAUCUGUUUUAUUAUAUGAAUCAUUUGAUGGUAUACCACCAUGUUUAUUUAUUGUUGCUGAACUUGAUCCAUUACGAGAUGAUAGUUAUGAAUAUCAAAAAAAGCUUGAAAAAGCUGGAAUUAAAACAAAAUUAGUAUUAAUUAAAGAUGUUAUUCAUUCAUUCUUUAGUUUACCAGGAAUUUAUGAAAAAACUUGUGGACAAGCUAUAGAAGCUGUUAAAGAAUUUAUGGAUUCAUUGUAA